GUUUUCCGGUUUUCGAAUGAUGGACCCAUAUGGGGUUGUCGUCAUUACUAGACAGCUUUCAUUUCGAGCUCAUUCAUUCCCGGGACAAACAAGGUUUUCUGCCUAUUUCUUUUCUUUGUUUUUGGCCAAUAUUCACGUUGUCGUAUUCCAAUCGUGAGAUGUUUAUCUAGUUUUGUGCAAACCAGCUUUAAGUAGUGAAUUGUAUUUUAGCCUUACUUAAGUUGCACUGCACAUUUGAGAACAUUACAUGAUCUAAACGUGGUGAUGCAUGUGGCGCCAGCUUGUUCUUGAAGCUGUGGCAUUAACUAUGGCUGUGUAUCCUCAGUAGUAUUUUCUGGUUUCUUGCUAUUGGCAUUCCUCUAUAUCUGUGCUAGAGUUGAAUAAUCACCACACAUUGUUAAUAUUAUUUUCAGCAAGUUGUGAUUACCUGAAAUGCAAGAAAGGUUUGUGGGUUGAAAAUCCCUUUUGGCUUAUUGAAAUUAAGUACUUGUUAAGCAAUCAAUAAAAGAGUGCUUGGAUAAUGCACCAGAAGUGCCAAACUCUAUUUAUUAAUGUACGUGGAAUAUGGAAAAAUCUAUCUCAGUAUCCUUUGCAUCCAGUUGUUCAUUCUGGUUUAUCAUGUUGUUUCUAUAAAUUAUGAGAACAUACUCUCAGCUUCAAAGUAAUCAACUUGAAGGUGUGUGCGGUUUGAGAGCAUGAAAUCUUUUGGUAUUCACAGUCCUGAAGAUAAGGGAAUGACAAAACAGAAUGUUAAUACUAAGUUAAAAAAGUGGAGAAGUGUUUACUAUUUUAUCUUUAUACCUGGUGCUCUUGCUCUUCUCCUCUCUGUUGCGGCCAUGUCCAAGUUCCUCUCUUUCAAGUCAUUUCUCGGUACUGAGUCUUUAUAUUCAAAUCUGAAUCCUGAGGGGAAUGAAAAUGAAGUGAUGAUGAUAACUGUUGAAAUUGUGAUUCAGAAAAUUGAAGAGCAGAUGGAAAAACUGAGGGAAACAAAACAGGAUCCAUCAUCAUCAUCAUUUGCAUUCCAGCAAGCUUCAUUUCUUGCUGAUAUAUUAGGACUUCUUGAGUCAGCAGCGACGUCUCAUCAACACAAUGAAGGGAAUAAUCAGCAAAAUGAUAGCUUCACCAAUCAUCCUCUGGUGAGAAGAAAGAACCGAUCAGAUGAACCAGCUGAUUACUUUCUGCGAGAAGAGAUUCGCAAGUAUGUCAGGAUCAAGCCUAACAGAUUAGGAAAACAAAAUUUUAUGGGUGCUAAUGCAAGCUUUACCAGCAUAGGCCAUGCGUGCUUUGCCAUGAAGGAAGAGCUUGAAGAAUACAUGGAUUAUGACGUUGGAGAGAUCUGCAAUGAUGACUGGAAACUGGCUCAAAAGCUCAUGGUUCAUGGCUGUGAUCCUUUACCAAGGAGAAGGUGCUUUUCAAGGGCCCCUAAGCUAUACAACCAACCAUUUCCCAUCACUGAAUCAUUGUGGAAACUCCCUGAUGAUAGAAAUGUUCGAUGGAGUCAAUACCGGUGCAAGAACUUUGCUUGUCUCGCUGGCAACACCACUGGUAAGGGAUUCUUCAAGUGUGCACACUGCUUCAACCUCACCAGCCAUGAGAUGCCUAGAUGGAUGAGCCUGGAAUCUGAUUCAAACCAGACAGCAGAUUUCCUUAUAUCAGAUGUUCUUGCAAUGAAGCCAGGAGAGAUCAGAAUGGGAUUGGACUUCAGUGUUGGAACUGGGACUUUUGCUGCUAGGAUGAGGGAAUUCAAUGCGACAAUAGUUUCUGCCACAAUCAAUUUUGGAGCACCCUUCAAUGAAAUGAUAGCUCUCAGAGGACUUGUUCCUCUCUACUUGACUAUUAAUCAGAGGCUUCCAUUUUUUGACAACACCCUGGAUUUGAUUCACACAACCAGGUUUCUUGAUGGAUGGAUUGAUUUUGUGCUCCUUGAGUUCAUAUUGUAUGACUGGGACAGAGUUCUGAGGCCAGGGGGUUUGCUUUGGAUUGACAGUUUUUUCUGCUUGAAGGAAGAUUUGUAUGAUUACUUGAAGGCCUUCAAAAUGCUGAGAUAUAAGAAACUCAAAUGGGUGGUUGCUCCAAAGCUUGAUAAAGAUAAUCAAGAAAUGUUCUUUUCUGCUGUUUUAGAGAAGCCUCCCAGGCCAUUCAGGUGAUCUUCCAUUAUAGUGUUAUCUUCUUACCUAUGCAGUUCCCACCAUUUUUUAGGUUCAUAUUUGAGACUCCUUACUUCUGAAUGUUGCACAGUUGUCUUGUGCUUUGUGUUCAUAUAUUUCUAGAAAUGACUGUUUUUAAAUAAUGUACAAUGAUAUUUUAACAAUUUUUUUUAAUAAUUUUUUUACCACAG